GAUUUAUUUUGACUUUUUAUUUAUUGUUAUUUUAAUUAUUUUAAAAUCUUUUUAAAGCUUCCAAGAUACGAUUUUAUUUUUUAUUUUUAUUUUUGGUAUGUUUAAUGUCGGCAAAUCACCGCCUUCUUCCUCCGAUCCAACCCACAAUCAAAGCCCGGACACAAUAAUGGCGGAAACGAACUGAAAAUCCGAGGAAGAGUGCGCGGACUGCACGUAGAUGGAGGACUCUCAGGCCCAACUGUUCAGUGUGCGAAUAGUUUCGAUCGACUAUUACACAGCGACUCCUAUCCCUGGCCUCGACACUUCUUACAGCACUUUCCAUGGUGGGAGGGUUAAGGAGGUUCCGGUGAUAAGAAUAUACGGCUCGACUCCUGCUGGUCAGAAGACUUGUUUGCACGUUCAUCAAGUAUUACCAUAUCUUUACAUUCCAUGCUCAGAUCUUGGCACCGUAGAAAAUGUUGAGGCGCAUAGACAUUCUUUAUGCCUUGCUUUUGAGAAGGCUCUUCAGCUUAAGGGUAACGUUGGGUCAAAACGUCAACAUGUGCAUGGUUGUGAUCUCGUUCGGGCAAGAAAAUUUUAUGGAUAUCAUUCUUCAGAGGAGUUGUUUGUGAAGAUUUAUUUCUAUUAUCCUCAAGAUGUUUCUCGUGCUGCAAAGCUUCUCCUGGCAGGUGGAAUAUUGGAUAGAAUAUUGCAGCCUUAUGAAUCACAUAUACCUUUUCUUCUCCAGUUCUUGAUCGACUACAAUUUGUAUGGGAUGAGUCAUUUACAUGCUUCAAAAGUCAAGUUCCGUCAUCCUGUUCCAGAUGCUUUCUCGCGUCAAAAAGUUGAGCUCCAUGAUAGCCAGAGACCAAUAAUAAAAGACUCUAACAGCAUGAAUUCUCAGGCAGAUUUGAUCGGUGAUUUAUGUUUGAACACACCGGUAUGGAUAUCUUCUACAAUUCCAGAUGAGUGGAUAUGGCAAUAUUCAUCUCAGUCUGAUUCUUCAACAAAUGAAGAAAUUUCACUUUAUAGGCGUCAGAGUACCUCAGAGCUUGAAGUGGAUGCUUCAGUACAUGAUAUUGUAAAUCAGCAGAGCGUAUCAUUCACACCUCUGUCUCAAACCAAUUUGGAUGUGAAAAUGGUUCAGUCGCUAAUACCAAUUUGGGAGGAAGAGCAUGCAAGAAAUGGAGUGCCUGAGGCCAUCCCUGCUAAUUCUCAGAAGCCAUUUCCACAAGAUGUAUUGAGGAUUCUCUCAGAUGGCUUUGGGUUUGAAGAAUUUCUGCAGAUGCAAAAUACAGAAGACUGGCCUAGUUUAACUCCUGAACCAAUGAAAUCUUCUGCAGAUUCUGGAGAUCUUACUGGUUCUGAGAUUGCUAACCUUGAGAAUAGCAAAUAUCUGCCUUCUAAAUAUUUGAAAGCAAGCGAACUAAAAGGAUCUUUAAUGUCACAAGAUUCACUCUUUCGGAGUGCUGAUGAUGCUGAAACUGAAAAAGUUGAUGCAGGUGACAAACUGCAAUUAUCUGGCACCAUAGGAUCAACAGGUGCAAAGGAUGCAGAUGAAGAUGCCUUAAGACUUUUAAACUGGCUCGCAUCUUCUCAAGCUGCUGAAGACAUCAACUCUGAUGACGAACUUGUUCGUGAGGCAAUCUUGAGCCCCUUUGUACCUUCAAAUGAGAUUAGUGAGGUAUUAAAAAGAGCUAAUGUGGAUUAUGAGAGUGAAUCUCAGAAAGAGUGUCAAGACAUUCUUGAUUCUGUUGAUCUGAUUAACUUAGAAGAAUCAAAUGAUGGAGCAUUUAAGCCUGCCAAGAGUAGUCAUUCUAGGAAGGUUUCUUUGAAAAAGAUGAUACCUCAAUUAGAUGGCUCCAGUGAUGAUCCACCAUCAAGCCCCUCCUCUGGUAAGUAUCUCAAGACGGAGUAUGGCAACCCAGAGCUAGAGCAGUUGGAGUUGGAUUCAGACUUAAUCUGUAAACCCAGAAGGAAAAGACCUCGAUGGGGUUCUUUACCUAUAUCCCAUAAGAAACUUAGCGAUUCUCGUCAUCCUGAUACAUCUGGAUUUCUUAAUGUGCCUACUGAUACAAAAAGAAAAGGCUUAGGAACUUCAAGGGAUGAAGUGAAAAGAGAUAAGGAUGUGAAUUUUGCAGAGCCUGGUAGUGUAGUAGUUGAAUGCUCUACACGAGACUUGAUGAGGAAAAAGAGGUCUCAUCGGAUUGUAAGCUCAGGGUGCAAAAGUAGAGAGGAAAGUUGGCAAGCAGAAUCCUGCAGUGAUAUUGAGUGUGGAGAAAAAGAGGUCAAUACUAUGACAAAAGUACUGAAAGAUACUGAAGAGGAUCAGUCAUUUCUUUCUAUUAAAGAUGAGUCUCCAGUCAGAAAUGAGCUGACAAAAUGUUAUAAAAGGAUUAUGGAAUCUUCUGCUGGGGUGUACAAAGAAGCCAGUCAUGCUAAACCUAUCCCUGAUCCUGUAGCUGAUUAUCUCCCUCAAUCCUCUAGCAAUGAUAAAAUAGAUGCAGGGAAUCUGCAGAAGAAUCUGGAUCCAAAUUGCGAUUGUGUCGCUUGUGGCAAAUGUAUUCAUAAUUUGGAUACAAGUGCUCAUGUUUGCUCUUGCAAGCUUGAUGAUGCUCCUGUUUCAACAACUAUUGGUACAGGUUUUGUUUCCUCGGUGCUACAAACAUGUGAUACAGGCUCCUUUAAUGUGCCUUCAAGUUCAACACCAAUUAAUCUUCUGCCCAGAAAUGACUGUACGGGUGAAAGUUGUAGUCAGCUGUGCAAGUUGCCUAAUAUUCCAUCUGUAGGUUCAAAGAGCACGAAAAGUGCAACAUGCCUACAGCUUGAGCAUUCACCAUCUCAUGGUAGGAUUCCUAGUUUAUCAACGCAGUGUGAUGCAUUAAAUGUGAAUGAAGAAGCUGGAAGUGAAAAACUUAUUGGUAUGGCCUUCUGUAAGAAACCUCCAAUUAUAGAUUGGACAAAUGAGCCGAAGAAUGACGUUCCAGUAUUACUUGGGAGUGGUGACUGUGAAGCAGGAAUAUCUCUACAAGGAAGACUCCCAACUGGUUGUCUCCCCUUUUUCACAAAAAGCAGCCAGGACAAACUUAAUGGUGUAAGUCCUAAGAAGUCCAUGAGUUCUGUUGAUGACGAACCAGUCAUGGGAGUGCCUAUCAUGUAUCAGAAUGAUGGAUCGUGUUUAUUCAUGCUAACCCCUGCAGUGUCCCCUCCAUCAAGGGAUUCUAUUGAGAAUUGGCUCUCGAAUGAUUGCUCCAAGGUUUUCCCAAAGGCAAGUGAGAUGCCACCACUUGUAUCAACAUCCAAGGCAUUCUUGGAUGAUAUCGUAGAUUCUCAGAGCUCUCAAUCUGUGGAUGGUAAUUCUCCUUUUCUUACUCCAGCUUCUUUGCCAGAUGAAAUGUGUGACUCUAGUCUGCAAGCAAAUCAUAAUCAAGAAACCUGCAGUGUGAAAGUUCAGGCUUUUAAUUGGACUCCAAAAAACAAAUCACCAAUCCGCUCUCAUGACACCUCUCAGAUAUCCUGCCCUGAUAAAAAGAUCCUGCUGACUCCACUGAGUCAAAUUGGUUUUCGUGAUCCAGCUAGCGUCGGUCAAGGUCAGCAGUUAACACUGCUGAGUAUAGAGGUACUGGCUGAAUCUAGAGGCGAUCUAAGGCCUGACCCUCGAUUUGAUGCUGUAAACAUCAUUGUCAUUGUUCUUCAAGAGGAUGAUCGAUCUAAAAUUGACACACAAGUACUUCUGCGUUGCAAUUCUGCUAACGUCAAAAAGGAUCUUGAUGCAGUUCCAGAGUCCAAGGUAUUUGUGUUUCCUCAAGAAUUACAUAUGUUCAACCAUUUUACUAAAGUCAUUCGUGCAUCUGACCCUGAUAUUCUAAUGGGCUGGGAUGUUCAAAGCGGCUCCCUUGGAUUUCUAGCCGAAAGGGCUGCGCAUCUUGGAAUUGGUUUGCUAAAUAAUAUAUCAAGGACACCAUUGGAAACACCUUUGCUUUCUCGAGAGUGUAAAGCUAAUGAAAAAGAGUCAGUGAGUGCACUAUUUUCGGAACUGGCGACAGCUGAUGCAGCUAACCUUGAGACUACAAUCAUUGAGGAUGAGUGGGGCAGAACACAUGCCAGCGGUAUUCAUGUCAGUGGCAGAAUCGUGCUCAACAUAUGGAGACUGAUGCGGAAUGAAGUUAAACUUAAUAUUUACACAGUUGAGGCUGUGGCAGAAACAGUUCUGAAGCGAAAAGUUCCAUACAUCCCUUGGAAAGUGCUUACCAAAUGGUUUUCAAGUGGCCCCGGACAAGCACGGUACAAAUCAGUCCACUAUAUAUUAGAGCGGGCAAAGCUGAAUCUACAGAUAAUGAAUCAGCUUGAUAUGAUAAACCGGACAUCAGAACUGGCUCGGGUAUUUGGUAUUGACUUUUUUUCUGUAUUAUCCCGAGGGUCACAGUAUCGUGUUGAGUCAAUGUUCCUGCGGCUAGCACAUACACAGAACUAUCUUGCCAUUUCCCCAGGGAAUCAACAGGUUGCGGGUCAACCAGCGAUGGAGUGCUUACCACUUGUCUUGGAGCCAGAAUCUCGUUUCUAUGCAGACCCUGUUAUUGUUUUGGACUUUCAAUCUCUUUAUCCAUCGAUGGUGAUCGCUUAUAAUCUUUGCUUUUGCACAUGCCUUGGGAAAAUUACACCUUCGAAGGCGAACAUCCUUGGUGUCACUUCUUAUUUGCCAGAUGUUAAUAUUAUGCGAAGUCUGAAGCAUGAAUUGCUGUUAACUCCCAAUGGUGUUGCUUAUGUUCCUCCGAAAGUCCAGAAAGGGAUACUGCCUCGACUGUUGGAAGAGUUAUUAUCGACCCGAAUCAUGGUGAAACAAGCAAUGAAGAAAUUGGCUUCAUCUGAGGUAGUUCGCCACAGGAUAUUGAAUGCUCGGCAGCUUGCCUUGAAGCUUAUUGCAAAUGUUACUUAUGGCUACACAGCUGCGGGAUUCAGUGGGCGCAUGCCGUGCGCCGAGCUAGCAGAUAGUAUUGUCCAGUGUGGCCGUAGAACACUGGAAACUGCAAUUUCAUUUGUGAACUCAAACGAUAAGUGGAAAGCCAGAGUUGUUUAUGGCGACACGGACAGCAUGUUUGUGCUCCUCAAGGGGCGUUCUCUUGAAGAAGCGUUCGUGGUGGGACGGGAAAUAGCCUCUGCAAUCUCUGAAAUGAAUCCGUCUCCUGUAACAUUAAAAAUGGAGAAAGUAUACUACCCAUGCUUCCUCCUGACAAAGAAGCGAUACGUUGGGUAUAGCCACGAGAGCCCUGAUCAGAGCAAGCCGAUAUUCGAUGCUAAGGGCAUCGAGACUGUCCGAAGAGAUACAUGUGGUGCUGUUUCUAAGAUUAUGGAACAGUCAUUGAGGAUCUAUUUUGAAAGUCAGGAUAUCGAUAAGGUUAAAGCAUACUUGUUGCGUCAAUGGACGAGGAUAUUAUCUGGAAGGGUAUCACUACAGGAUUUCAUUUUCGCCAAGGAGGUUCGUCUAGGUACUUACAGCGACCGUUCCCACUCACUUCCUCCAGCUGCAAUUGUGGCCACUAAAUCGAUGAAAUUAGAUCCCCGGGCUGAACCACGCUAUGCUGAGCGAAUACCAUAUGUAGUGGUGCACGGCGAGCCUGGGGCUCGCUUGGUCGACAUGGUGGUAGACCCGCUUGAACUCCUGGCCCUCGAUUCUCCUUUCCGGCUGAACGACAUUUACUACAUCAAGAAACAGAUUAUACCAGCUCUGCAGCGCGCGUUUGGGCUGAUUGGUGUUGAUUUGCACCAGUGGUUCCUCGACAUGCCCCGGCCAGCCCGGAGAGCUGUCGGGAAACAAACUUCUAUUGCACCGAAUCCACAAAGGACAAGAAUCGACUACUACUAUUCUUCGAAACACUGCAUCCUCUGCGGCGAGACAGUCGAGGGAUCAGCCCAUCUCUGCCCCAACUGUUCCAAGGACAAAACGACCGUCGUUCUAGCUCUAACCGGAAGAACUUCAAAACUCGAAGAGGACAUUCAACACCUCGCCGCUAUAUGCCGGCACUGUGGGGGCGGAGAUUGGGUGGUCGAAAGCGGCGUGAAAUGCACGUCGUUGGCGUGCUCGGUUUUUUUCGAACGGAUGAAGGUUCAGAAAGAAUUACGGUCGUUCUCUCGUGUGGCUACAACGAUGGGUUUCUAUCCUAAAUGCAUCGUCGAAUGCAUGGCACUUUCACAUAUUCUUUGUAGGCGAUUCAAGAGCUCCAAUCCUCUUUCGCUUCAUCUCCUCUCCCAAUUUCGUAAUCCGCCAUGUUUCUCAUCUCUCUCCGCCGGGAUGGCGCCGGACUCCACCUCUCAGCCGCCUCCUGCUGCCGCUCCCAAGCCGUCGUCUCUGUCCGCUCGGAUGAACUUUAUCUUCGAGCAAAUCGAUGAGAUUGACAAAAGACGCGAAGAGAAGGACGAGACGCUCCAGAGAAUCCGCGCCUGGCGUGAAUCGAGGAAGCAGCAAGGAGGCCAGACCGGCGCGGACUCAGUUGGCGAGGCCGAGGUCGAGUCGAUGGAAGAAUUGAAGUCGGAGAUGGAGAAGAGUGAGGAACUUCUGGUGAGUAGCGGCGCGAAGAAGGAGGUGGAGCUGGUGCAUCCAUGGCCGGACUGGAUUCAGUUGAUGGAGCGCCUGGUGCAGCAGAAUUACUUCGACGACCGGAGGAAGGACGAGGACGGUAUGAUUAGAGGCAUCGGCUUUGAUUUGUCCGGCGCCGAACCGGCGGCGGCGGAUAAACACCGCGAUUUUACUCGGGACUUCCAGACUGUGCAGAAUGCAGUCAUCAAUUUUGGCCGCGAUCGCUUUGACAUAUUGAGGUCAUUGUCUAGGCACGAUCUUCAAAUCCUGGUUGGUUAUGGAUGCCCUAGUGCAGACAAGAGAGUGGUUUUCUCAGCUAAAGUGUUAAGGAAGCAUGUCCAUCUGGAUGAAGGAGAUGUUUGUAGUUCCUGCACCCUAAGGAAUUCUUGUGAAAAAGCAUACUUACUCACAAAUAAAGAGGAUGAAGCACGAACAAUGGAUGUCAUGCGGAUUCUACUUGCUUAUGGUUUUGAUCCAACUGAUGAAUCAGCUGUAAAUAAAUCUAUUCCGAAGCUUAAAACCGUGAAGAAGGUUGCUCAGAAACUGCUCCAUGAGGUAGUCAGGCUAAGUGCAGUUCCAAUAGACCCAAAUCUACCCCCUCCUGUCAUUAAAAGGCCUCCACCGAAGGUGAAGCAACCGCCUCCUCCUCCAAGGAAAAGGAUCGGACGCUACGAUGUUGAAAUGAAAAAGGGGGAUUGGCUCUGUACAAAGUGCGACUUCUUGAACUUCGCUAAAAACACUGUGUGCCUGCAAUGUGAUGCUAAACGCCCGAAGAGACAAUUGCUUCCUGGAGAAUGGGAGUGCCCACAGUGCAAUUUUCUGAACUAUAGAAGAAACACAGUAUGCUUCCAUUGCGAACACAAACGACCACCUGAUACAUAUACCGAAAAUCAGUUCCCGGAUAAGCAACGUGGUCCGAGAAUCAGCAUGGACAAGGUAGACAGGAAAAACAUUUCGAAUGCAUGGAAUUUUGAUUUUGACGAUGAUGAAUCUGAUGGAGCCGAGGUUGCUGCAUUUGAGUAUGCUGAUUCAAAGAAAUUGGGUGACGAUUUCUCCCACGAAAAGCUCAAUCUUCAUGAAAAUGGUAUGGAGGACAGCAGAAGGCCACAUAUGGGGUUUGACAGAGACUAUUCCAAUUCUGGCAACGAGAGAUCGAACACAGGAUUCAAUGACUUUGAUGAUGACGACGAUGAUGUUGACAACUAUGAGUUAGUUAACCAAAAUGAAGCGCAUAAGGUUUCUCGGGUGAAUUUCUCGGAUGUUGAAGCCGACUCUGAUUCGGAAGAUACUGAAAGCCGCAGAGGUAACUUUCAGACCCGAAGAAAACCUCAAUUUGCGAAGCAAGGUAAGAUACAGAGGCAACGGGGCAAAGCUUUUUCGGAUGCUGAUGAUUCUGGCGUAGAUUUUGACACUGAUGACGACCUUCCAGCUCAUCGAGAUUGGAAAUCGAGCCAUGUUGCUGAUUCGAAGCGCAGAAAUACAGGUCGAAGAGCCAUGGAUUUUGGAUCAGAUGAUGAUCUUGGAUUCGACUCUGAUGACAGUGAAGAUGACCCUAUAGGAUCAAGAAAUAAAGCCAACAAAAGGGCGUCUGGUGCAAAGAAUUGCCCACCGAGAGGAAGAUCCGAUUUCAAAUCCGAGCCUUUCCGAGGAGCAGAUUCUGACGAUGAUCAUCGGAGUUAUCGUGGUCCUAAACAAAGAAGUGCGCCGGGAAGAAGAUCCGGUUUUAAAUCUGGGCGAUUCUCGGAAGGAGAUUCUGAUGAUGACCAUCGGAGUUAUCGUGGUCCUAAACAAAGAAGUGUGCCGGGAAGAAGAUCCGGUUUUAAAUCUGACCCUUUCUCGGAUGGGGAUUCUGACAAUGAGCAACGGAGUUAUCAUAGUCCUAAACAAAGAAGGGAAUCGAGUCGACAACAACUCGGAAGAGGUCCGAGGGGCCAAAGUGAUGACAUGAAAAGCUCUCCAAACAGAGGGUUUGGUAGAUCGGGUACACCAGGGAGAUCGAACAAAUUCAAGAAUAGUAAUAAUUCGUCGAGUUAUUUGGAUGAUGACAGAUACCGAAGACCUCGGAUAAACACACGAUGAAUCUUUAUGAUCGAUCGGCGAGUCGGUUCUUGCAGUAGCCAUCAUCAUCGUCAUCUACGGACAAAUUAAGAAACAAUGGUUUGUUUCUUGUAUCAAUCGAAUGAGUUGAUAUGAUGCCUUAAGGUUAGCCAUUUAUUUUACUUCUUGCUUCUCUCAUAUAUAUAUAUAUAUAUAUAUUCUUAAAGUUAGUAUUGAUUUAAUUAUGAAGAGAGGAGAUUCAUUUGGUUUGAUCCUUUGAUGGUUAAAAUUGAUUUCUAAACAUAUAAAAAGUUAUUAUGGCAUAAUAUUCACUCCCUA